AUGUCAACCGCUGCUGUAGGCGCAGCGCGAGCGGUGGUCGAGUACGCGCGAUCGGGCCGCGCUGCGUGUCGGCACUGCAGCAAAGCGGUAGCUAAAGAUGACCUGCGAGUCGGCGUCGUGACGAAAGGGAAUGGCGGAUUUGACGUCACGAAAUGGUACCACCCACCCUGCGUCGCCGCGGCCAACUCGCUUUCCAUAGAGUCGCCAUCCAGCUUACAGGGUUUCACACGCCUAAAGCCGUCCGACCAGCAAUCCCUCCAGGCCAUUCUCACGAGAGCCUCUGCUGCUGCUGCUCCUGGUGCUUCCUCCCCUGAUUCACAACCUGCCGCCGCCGCCGCCGCUGCUGCUGCUGCUGCUGCCACUGUGGUCGCUGCCGCUGCUGAAAGCGGGAGCGGUGGGAAGGGGAAGAGGGUGAUGGAAGGAGCUGCGGGAGAGGAGGGGUGUAGGGCAGGAGCGGUGCCGAACGGUGUGAUUGAAGCUGGGGAUGCUUGUAACGCGGAUGGGAGUGGCAGUGAGGACUCCGAUGGACCUGAGACGAAGAGGAGUAAGAAAGUUCUGGGAACCUUCUCCCGUCAGUCACUCAAGGGGGAGUAUAAGGGUGAGCCAAGCGGGGCGGCACAGCAGAGAAGGGCAAGGCCUCCCGUUUUUACUGUAGAAGAAGGGUUAGAGGAUAUCAGUCGCUAUAUGGUCCCUGAACUGUUCAAGCCCCGUCUUCGACGUGCCAUUGCAAACUUCGUGGCGGGUUGCAACAUCCGAGUUGAGACAAUUGAUUCACGGGAGUUCCACCACAUGCUCAUCACAUGCAACCCACUAUGCGGGCAGCCGGGCAUGAUACCGCCUAGCUGGUUAGUCGAACGCGACGUGGCCGAGCUUAAAGCAGCUCGCAAGCGCAAGAGGAGCAAAGAAGGCACUAGUAGAAAUGGUCGAAGAAAGUACUGA